AUGUCAUUAGUUGUUCUUCUUCCCAUGAUGAUCAUCUUCUUCUUCUUCGCUAUGAUCAAACCAGCACUCUCCCAAAAUUUGCCGGCCAUAGCAAAGCCGAAUUGCGUCGACCGAUGCGGCAACAUAAGCAUCCCAUAUCCAUUCGGCACCACAGAAAAUUGUUACGAAAACCCUAGUUUCAUGGUCGUCUGCAACGAAACCUCCAACGGCACGCAAUUGUUGUUAGGGAACAUGCCAAUCAAAAGUAUAAAUCUCGACGGCCAACUGACAGUGAAUAAGCUGAUAGGGCACGUUUGUUACCAUCGCAAUGGCAGCUUGGCUUCCAUCUUUGAAACUAGUACAACCUUGACCACACAUCUUACAAUCAGUAAUACAGCUAAUACCGUCACGAUUGUGGGAUGUGAUGCAUAUGGAUUUGUCUCCGGGCAGCGGCUUGGCCGGAGUUACCUGACGGGUUGCAUGACCACGUGCUAUACACGUGAGGAUCUGAUGGAGGGUUCAUGUACGGGUUCAGGCUGCUGUCAAACUUCAAUUCCCCAGAAUGUUUGGGAUAUGGAUAUUGAUUUGGGGAGUUAUAGGAAUUACACAAGAGUUUGGGAUUUCAACGAUUGUGGGUAUGCUUUUGUUGCUGAGAAAAAUGCAUUCAAUUUUUCAUACCAAAGCCUCAUCGAUUUGAAGAAUGUUACAAGGCUCCCUAUGGUUAUUGAUUGGGCCAUUGGAAACGGCACGUGCAAGGAGGCUCAAAUGAACAACACUAGUUAUGCUUGUUUGAGCUCCUACUCCGCCUGCAACGAAACAAAAAAUGGGAACGGCUAUCGUUGUAGUUGCAUUAAGGGUUAUCAAGGAAAUCCUUAUCUCGUCGAUGGUUGUACUGAUAUAGAUGAAUGUAAAGAUCCGGUUCUUAAACAGCUGUGUGGUAAUUAUGAAUGCGUGAACAAUGAAGGCGGUUUCGACUGUCCUUGCCCGAAAGGGUACCAUGGCGAUGGGAAAAAGACUGGUGUUUUUUGA